UUUUUUUUUCACCGAAAUUAAUUCUCCUCCUCGAGUUUUCAUUUAUCGCGAAUAAAAACAAACGUCUUUUUGUCGAUCAAAAUCAGUUAUCUAAGGUGAAUGAUAUGUUUGUGGGGGUUUCUUUCUUUCUUUCUUUCUUUUUUUUUUUUUUGUUUUAAAUUAAAAUUCACUUCCAAGUUUUAGUUGUCAUCUAGAAAAAGUGUAUGUAAAAACAAAAGAGACAAAGAGAGAGAGAGAGAGAGAGAGAGAAAGAAGAAGAGACUUGUAAUUUCGAUAGUUUGAAAGGAACGGAUCCUUCUUCAAACAGAACUGGAAUACAAGCUAUCGAAAUGAUUCAUUUGAAGAACGUGAUAAAUAUCAUCGUACUGAUAACUUUUGUGUUUCACGGAUCUAUCAUCUGUCAGGAUUUCAAAUCGGAUGAUCCAGGACUCAACGAGCCAGAUUUUGUUAUUCCGGAAUACAUACUGCCAUGUUCACGUAAGGAUCCCAAAUUUGAAAUAUGCGUGACGAAAACGUUGAACCAUCUGAAGCCUUAUUUGGUGAAAGGAAUUCCGGAAUUGAAUUUGCUACCGAUCGAGCCAUUAACGAUACCAGAAUUGGGUAUGGAAAAUGGGCAAGGUGCAGUUAAAGUUAGUGCACUUUUUUCGAACAUCACAGUCUUAGGCGCUGGAAAUUAUAAUAUGACGAAAGUACGAGUGGAUUUGAAUACAUUGAGGAUCGAUCUUCAUCUAACUAUACCCAAGGUCGAAUUACAAGGUCGUUAUGAAGUGGCCGGAAACGUUCUUUUGUUUCCCAUUAAAAGUCACGGCGACUUUUGGGCACUUUUUGGUGACGUAUCAGCGAUAGCACGUAUACAAGGAGCGAUAGAAAUUCGAGAUGGUGUACGUUACAUGGGACUUACAAGAUUACUCAUUGAUUUUAGUCUUGGCCGUGCAAGAUUUCGUAUUAUCGAUGAAUUAAAUGGUGACAACGUUAUAGGCCAAGCGAUGAAUCAAUUUCUCAAUCAAAAUGCUAAAGAGAUAAUCGAAGAAAUGAGACCGGCCGCUAGCAGUAGCAUUGCCAAACACUUCCUAUCAUUCCUUAACACGGCCUUCAGGAAGAUACCACUUAAAGUUUGGUUACGUGACGUAUAGUUUACGAUAAUUAAUUACUUUGAUAUUUACUAUAUAACGAAAGAAACGAAAAAAAAAAAGAAAAAAAAAAAAAAAAAAAAAAGAAAAAGAAGAAAAAAAAGAAAAAGAAAGAAGAAACAAGGGAAGACGUAAGGAAUGAAAAAGAAAAAGAAAAAGAAUGAACGAAAUUAUCGACGAAUUUAUUUACCGAAUUAUUUUUAUUAUUUGAAUAUUGUCGUACGCAUGUGACAAUAACGAGUAUAAACACGUUCUUAUUUAAAAAUAUCUGCUUUAAAAGGAGGAAAAAGAAAAAAAAAAAAAAAAAAAAGGACGUUUCAAAAUUAGUUAACGUCUCUUCCUCUUCUUUUUUUUUCUUUCUUUCUUUUUUUUCUUUCUUUUACUCUCUUUUUUUUCUUUUUUUAUUUAAUGACUUUAUUUGUGCAUAUUAUAAAAACUCGCAUGCGUUCUUUUCAAGGAUACGACAUGUGUAGGAUGAUUCUAUUUGACAUUCAAAAAGAAAAAAAAAAAAAGAGAAAUAAUAAUAAUAAUAAUAAUAAUAAUAAUAAUAAUAAUAAUAAUAAUAAUAAUAAUAAUAAUAAUAAUAAUACUAAAUUUAUUAACGAACGAACUUUCGUGCGUUUCGAAAGCUGUUCGUUAUCGAUGAGUAAGAAUUAAAAAAAUAAAAAAGGAAAAAAAGAAAUUCUUUUUUUUUUUUGUUUUUUUUUUUUUUUUGUUUUUUUUUUGUUUUUUUUUUGUUUUGUUUUUAAUCGAAUAGUAUCGUAGAGUAAAAGUUUUUUUUACAUAUGGAUCUCUAAUAUGCAUACGUGUUGUAAAUAUACAUUAUAUAAAGUAACGAUCAAUCGAUUUAUAUUCGAUUUAAAUGUGAAAGAUUAUAUCGAUCUCACACUUCUACAAAUUUUCCGUCCAACUUGUACAUAGUUCUUUUUUUUUUUUUUUGUUUUCCUUUUUUUUUUUCUCUCUCACCAUAGAAGACA